GGGAAGAAACCAGUUACGGACAGUAAUGGCCGCCGCUCUGGCGUACGAGCUCCCUCAGCUCCGGAUAAAGCAUUUUGUUGGCACCCCCACGAUACUCUGUCUGGGUGAUUGCUGAAUUUGAAGGAAAAAACACAGACAAAAAUGAGCUCACAGCCUGCCUCACUGGACAGCCUGCGGCGGUGAAGGUGCCCUGCAAUUAACUGGAAGUGGUGCUGAAGGCCGUGCCAUGGCCACCUGAGUGCGUGCGGCCGGCACGACCAUGAGCUCCGACGAAGAGAUUGCUCCGCGGCGCAAGCGCAACGUCCAGGUGAUCCGCGACGAGGACGAGCAGAGUGGGUCGGGCGUCGAGUCCGCCGCCGAAGACAGCGGCUCGGACGGCGACGGGGGAGGCGCGGUCGAGUCCUCUUCCGAGGACGACUCGACCGGCUCCAGCGCGGAGGAUGGAGAGGAGGAAGAGGAGGAGUCGGAGUGGGAGGAGAUUCCUCAAGAGCUGCUGAUAGAAAGCUGUCGGUCGGCGGCUUCCCGCGCGGGUGCCUCGCCGGCCCUGAGCGUUCCGGACGCGGCUGAGGACGCCAGCAACGGCAGCAGCGCUAGCGACGGCCAGUCGGAGCGCUGCCCCAUCUGCCUCAACCGGUUCCUUGGGCAGGAAGAGGGCACCCCGGAGAGCUGCGACCACGUCUUCUGCCUCGACUGCAUCCAGGAGUGGGCGCGGAAUGUGAACACGUGCCCCGUGGACCGCUCGGUGUUCCGGCUGAUCCUGGUCCGGCAGGGGGACAAGAUGGUGCGCCAGAUCUCAGUGGGCUCCCCCGAGAAGGAGGAGGAGGAGGAGGAAGAGGACCUGACGUACUGCGAGGUGUGCGGCAACUGCGACCGGGAGGACAGGCUGCUUCUGUGCGACGCCUGCGACCUGGGCUACCACUGCGAGUGCCUGACCCCGCCCCUGGACACCGUGCCAGUCGAGGAGUGGUACUGCCCGGACUGCGCCCCGGACCACUCCCAGGACGAGCCCCUCUCCGGAGACGCAAUGGCAGAGUUUCGCGAGCUCCUGGCGACCAGGUUCCGGCCCGGCAACACCGGUUUCCGCAGGGCCAUUGCCAGGACACGCGCCAGUGAGACCGUCCGUAUUCGUAUACAGCGGCGGAGGGCGGCCGUCGAGGACGGAAGCGAGUCUUCGGCUGCCCUUGAGUCGUCCGCAUCGAGGGCCCCCGCACGGCAACGCUCCUCCGCCACCGCCAAGCGGAGGAAAACGACGAGGCGGCGACGGAGGACGACAGGCAAGAAGGGGAAGAGCAGCUCCCGCCGGAAAACCACCAAGGCCAAGUCGGGGAAGAGCAAGAGCGGGCGCAGUCGGAAGAAGACGCGCCGCAAGUCGGGCAAGAGAAAGACCAGGACGACGCGGCGGUCCCGGCAGUCGGCGCGCCCGCUGGCACAGCCUCUCUCGGUCCGGCAGCGAAUCGCCAAGCGCCUCGGACUGGCUCGAACGCCCGGCAGCAGCCUGCCCCUGAUGCGCCACGUCGACUUGGGCAUGGGCAGAUACUCCCGCAACUUCUCCAGCCAGGGCCAGGGACCGGCGCACGGCUUGUCCCUCUUUGGCGACAGGGACGAGCUGGUCUCCCUCGAUGGCAGUUGCGACGAAGGCAGCAAUGGUGACAUGGUGUCGACGAGAAGGGUGAAUCCUCAGGCGGCAAGAGCACGUGCCAAGGAACUCCUGCUGAGGCCCGCCCCGCCUCGAGAUCGGGUGCGUACCACGCUGUCGAGGGAUUCCCUAGAGCCUUGCUGCGGGGACAUCCUGGGCAAAAUUCUUGGCCAGAUGCAGUCCAGAUCUCCGUGCAAAAACGGACUUACCCAGAGCAUCCUGCAGCGAAACGGAUCACUGGACCUCCGCAAGGUCCCUCCGAACACGGUGCAGAAGAGACCCCGCAGCCCGGGAUCUUCAACCUCGACGUCUCCCACGCAGAACCACGCCGACCACGCCGUGACGGCCGCCGCCGCGCCUUCCAAGCGUGCAAGCGGCGACGGAACUUGCCUGGCCGCAUCUUCCGCCGCCACUUUCUCGGGUACCGGUGGCGAUGGAGCGUCGCGCCCUUUCGGCGGCGACGAUGGCGACAACAAUCACGCAGGGUCGGGCCGCGACGGCUGCUUCUACUCGACGCCGCCCGACGAGUAUGUGCUCGGUAAAAAGGCGAAAGACCGACCGAAGAACGGCACGGACAAUGUCCGGGAAAGUGAAGAAGAGGUGGAUAUUUAUAGUGACAUUGAGUCGUUGGGGGACGAUUGUGCAAACCACGACGUUGGCAACGAAGACACUAAUAACAACAAUAACAGCAACAAUAACAGAGACCGCGUAGCGUUUUCGACAGACGAGAACACCGUCAAGUCCCCCGCUGACCGUCGGGCCGGCGGAUCCGACCUGCGACAUCGGAGCGCGGUCGAGAACGACGACACUUCGUCGAGCGAGAACGAGCUUGUGAUCGACGAGCAGGAAAACCCGGUCGGGAACGCGGUUGAAGAGGAAGAAGGGGGGAAAGGAGAAGGGAGUGAAGAGGAAGAGGCUGCAUUGGAGGUGGCGAGCGUUCGGAGCCCGUCUCCCCUGGAAGAAAACGGUAACAUCUCGCGUGACUCCGGGGGCGUUCGUGAGGUGGUGCAGAACGGGAACUCUAGUGCGGAAGAAGGGGAUGAAGAGCAGCAGAGUGUCGGUUCUGCGGACGGGGAAGAAGGUUCCGAAAAUGGCGAAGGGGAGGAGCAGCUUGACGUGGGGAAAGCAGCAGAUGUGCAUUCUCCCGCGGAUGAAAGCGAUGCGUCGUCUCCCCCUCCGUCGCCAACGACCGGAAAUCAGCAGAAGGAAGACGCCGAUCAGAAGGACCUAGACGAAAGGGAAGAUGAGAAUAUGGAAGAUGUUGCGGAGGACGCUGUAGACGAUGUUGCGGAAGAUGCCGCGGAUGAUGUUGCAGAAGAUGUUGGAGGUGACGUUGCAGACGAUGUCGCGGAAGUUGCAGGUCACACAGCGGAGGACGUUGCAGAGGAUGCCACGGACGACGUUGGAGAUGUUCCUGUGAACGAGGCUGCAGACAACACCUUAGAUGAUGUAGGGGAAGAAAACGAGGACGGAGAGCUAGAAGACGACGAUGCGUCGUCUCCUAAAGAGAUAGAGAGCCCUGAGGGGGACGAGAACCCGGAGGAAGGCAUUGUCGAUGAACCAGAACCAGUGGUUGAAAUUGCGUCUCCUCCCGAGGACCCGAAAGAAGAGGUCCACGACGGUCUGGUUCGUGGUCUCCUGGACCCUUCCGUGACGGAAGACAUCACGUCUCCAGAGGAAGAGGAGGAGGAGGAAGAGGGCGCACUGGAGGACAGUGAGGAAGAGGGCCUGGUCGAAGACAACGACAUGGAGGAGGUGUCGGAGGCUGGGAGUGCAGACGGCCUUCUGGAUCAGAUGGACGAUGUGGUCAUUGUUGAACCGGUGAAGCCGAGAAGAAAGGAAGAGGGAAGGAGGUCAAAGAAGUCGAAGAGGAAGAAGGAGGGGUGUCACCACCGCAAGCACCGGCGCUGCCGCAACAGGGAUGAAGACGAAGACAGGGAAGAGGGGGAGAUUGUGGAAGAGCGGUCCUCCUGUAGGCGGCGCAAGGAGCAAGAAGAGCCAGACGAGUUCUCCGAGCUAGCGCCUCGGAUCAACAUCUCCGAGCUCCCCCGCAUCCCAAAGCUCAAGCGGGACAAGGGGGGAUACUCGGAUGCGGGUCUUCAGGGCUCCCCCAGCGCAUCCCGCUCAGACUCAAAGAGAACUAGCGUCCUUAGCAGGGUGGAUUUGGGCAGCGGAGGUGAAAUCAGCUGGAAGAAGCUGUCAAAGCACUCGAGGGAGCGCAGCUAUCGGGACGGAAAGCCCAAGGACGAAGUCAUCUUGUUCAAGGAGCGGGAGAUCAAGAAGCGGGAGAGGGAGAAGGAGAAGGAGAGGGCGGAACUCCUUGCAGACGACCGGUCGUCACGCAGGGAAGAGGAAAAGAGGGCACCCAAGAAGGAAAGGCGUCCCGACCGGGAGCUGUACGUUCGGCCAGACAAGAAGAAAGACUGGCACAAGGAGAGAUCGCACAAGGACAAGUCGUCCUCUUCUUCCUCCUCGUCCCACAAGGAUCGCAAGGACAAGCACAAAGAUAAAGAGAAGGACAAGCAGAGCAGCAGCAGUGGAAGCAAGGAGUAUGGCCACCACAGCAGCAAGGACCGCCGAAACGACUCCAAGGAUCGGAAGGAGCACCACCGGCACAGCAGCAGCAGUCGCCACCGGAGGGACCAUUCUUCGGAGAGAUCCUCAAGCAAGACUCGACAGAAGGAGUCAAGAAAGGAGGAAAGGCGGGAGUCUAGGAGACACGAGGAGCGGGAGAGUAGAGAACCGCGGGAAUCUCGGGAAUCUAGGGACGUGCGGGAGCCGAGGGAAACAAGGGAGUCCAGGGACACACGGGAAUCGAGGGAGGUGCGAGAAUCAAGAGACGCGCGGGACUCAAGAGAUUCGCGCGAAUCCAGGGAUACAAAGGAAUCUAGGGAUACGCGGGAGUCUAGAGAGACACGGGAAUCGAGGGAUACACGAGAGAGGGACACACGGGAGCCUAGGGAGUCGCGAGAAUCUAGGGACACACGAGAGUCUAGAGACGUACGGCAGUCUAGAGACACACGGGAAUCUAGGGACACGCGGGAAUCUAGGGACACGCGGGAGUCUAGAGAAGGGCGAGAGUCACGGCGAGGGCAAGAGGAGAAGAUCAAGGUGGCCGUAGAGAAAGACUACUGGAAGGAGAAGCACGAGAGGAGGAAAGACAGAUCGCCGAGCCCGUUCCUCGAGGUAGAGCCCACUCCAAUUGAGUCCAAGGAGGUGAUUGCCAAGGGGGACAGCAUCAUCAUCAAUGUCAACUUCAACCGGCGGAAAGAAGCAAAGCCACCCAGUCCCGAGGAGCGAGACAGUCACCGGAGCCGAGAUUCAAGGUCGCGAAAAAGGGCCCUUUCGCCGGAGUACGACCUCACCGACAGCGAGGACGACGACUCGAGGAAAAAAGGGCGACUCGUGGCAGACAUGGACGGCAGACGAGACGACGAUGACGAGAGCGAUCUGGGCGAGGAAGACGACGACCGUUCCUCGAUCUACGACGACGGGGCGUCCUCCGAGAGCGACUAUGAGGAGAAGCCAGCGUCUCCCCUCGAGGCCCAGGAGUCUCCUGCAGAGGAGAAGCCCUCGAAACAAGACACAACCCCGGAACCGUUGCUGCAGCCGUCUCCACCGGUGGUGCAGCUGUCGCCGGAAUCGAGCCCGCCGCCUUCUCCACCCUCGCCGCCGGAGGACAACAGCUACGACCCGUGCGAGCCAACCAGGAGUCCGAGUCCGCCCCCUGUGGCCGAGAAGCCGCGGCCGCCCCCCGAACCGGAGCUGCCCCCCCUCCCGCCCGAACCGGAACCGGCGCGGCAGCAGCAACCAGCUCGGCAGCCGACGCGGCAACAGCCGGCCGCCCCGCCCACCCCCACGGCUGUUCCGCCCGUGACGGUCGCAGCAACGCCGACGACGACAGCCGUGCCGAGCCUGCACCUCCCGCCGCCGCCGAGCUUCCUGGCACCUCCGCGGUCUCUGGUCGUGGCGAACCUCCAUGGGGCGUGGGCCCCGACCGCUGCCCCCGUGAUCCUCGGGCUCCGCGCCCCGUUUGUGCCCCCUGCCCUGGGCGCCAUAUUGGCGCCCCCGCCAGGGAUGCUGCCGCCCCCCAUGAUGCGCGUCCUGCCGCCCGCGGCUGUGACCGCCACGACGACGGCUGCGGCAGCGGCGUUGCCUCUUGCGUCUGGUGCGGCCGCCACGGCGCCCAAGCCGGACCACACGGAGGUCGUGGACAUGGAGGUUGACUCCCCGUACUCCCCGCCGGACUCCCCACCCCAUGGCGACUCCUUCGGAAAGGAGGUCGCCAAGGAGGCGGACCGAGUGGUCUCUGCGUUCGACGCUCUCCUGCCGGCGCUGGCUGCCGUGGAGCGCAAGGGCCGGAGCAAGGGGUCCAAGAAGCACGGCAGGACGUCUUCUAAGGACCGCAAGCACAUUGUGCACUUCACCGUGGACAAGGGCAGGGCGGCCAUUGGCUCCCUGGUGUCAACCUUUAAGGUCGACUCCAAGUCCGCCAUGCGAAUGGAUGAGAGCCAGCUUAAGAUACUGGACGAGCUGCCCAGUUCGGCUGUGGAGAUGCAGGUCAAGGAGAAGUUCUUGAAGAAGCUGAAUCGCCAGGAGCGUGUGGUAGAGGAGGUGAAGUUGGCCCUCAAGCCUUACUACAACCAUCGGGAAAUCUCUAAGGAGGAGUACAAGGACAUCCUCCGGAAGUCCGUUCCCAAAGUGUGCCACAAUAAAUCGGGAGAAAUCAACCCAGUCAAGAUAAAGGCUCUUGUCGAGGGCUACAUCAGAAGAGUGAAACACCAGCGCAACAAGCCAAGCAGCGGACAACAUCGGCACAAGCCGUCCUGAGCUACACAGGCCGGGUCCUUCCCGACGUUUGGCCAGCGUACCCCCCGGCUGCCGGUGCCGUGCCGACAUCACGCCAGUGUACAGAGACUCCUAUACCCACCACCUGCAGGUUCUUCGUCUGGGCGCGAGGAAGGUUCGCUUUCCUCUGCAAGUUGUAAGAUAGCACGGCGAUUCCGGUCAGUCGAAUAGCGAAGCCACCGCUGCCAUCAGUUCUUUUUUUGUUUUUAAAUGCAACAUGACCUGCAACGGAAGAGCAGCUUGUGGAGGAAGCGACAUUUGGGACGUUUUUGUGGUGCGCCCGUACAUUUUGUAAAUAAGACCGAUAAAGCGAUUUAAACUCACAGAA